ACUAUCGCGAGAAUCACUUUCCGGAAGUUCCACGUCAGUCAGUCCGUCGGUCAGCGGGUGUGUGAAUCUCUUCAGGGACUUCUUUGCGGGUUUCCAGUUACGGCGUCCCAGUUCGGACUGACGGAGCCAUGCCUCUACGACUUGAUAUCAAGAGAAAGCUAACUGCUCGAUCAGAUCGAGUUAAGAGUGUGGAUUUACACCCUACAGAGCCGUGGAUGUUGGCGAGUCUUUACAAUGGCAGUGUGUGCGUUUGGAAUCAUGAAACACAGACGCUGGUGAAAACAUUUGAAGUGUGUGAUCUUCCUGUUCGAGCUGCCAAGUUUGUUGCAAGGAAGAAUUGGGUUGUAACAGGAGCGGAUGACAUGCAGAUUAGAGUGUUCAAUUACAAUACUCUGGAGAGAGUUCAUAUGUUUGAAGCACACUCAGACUACAUUCGCUGUAUCGCUGUUCAUCCAACCCAGCCUUUCAUUCUAACCAGCAGUGAUGACAUGCUUAUUAAACUCUGGGACUGGGAUAAAAAAUGGUCUUGCUCGCAGGUGUUUGAAGGACACACCCAUUAUGUUAUGCAGAUUGUGAUCAACCCCAAAGACAACAAUCAGUUUGCCAGCGCGUCUUUGGACAGGACUAUCAAGGUCUGGCAGCUAGGCUCCUCAUCACCAAACUUCACUUUGGAGGGACACGAGAAAGGUGUGAAUUGCAUUGAUUACUACAGUGGUGGCGACAAACCAUACCUCAUUUCAGGUGCAGAUGACCGUCUGGUUAAAAUAUGGGACUAUCAGAACAAAACAUGUGUGCAGACACUGGAGGGACAUGCCCAAAAUGUGUCCUGUGCCAGUUUUCACCCUGAGUUGCCAAUCAUCAUCACAGGUUCAGAAGAUGGAACUGUGCGUAUAUGGCAUUCAAGCACCUAUCGCCUUGAGAGCACAUUGAAUUAUGGGAUGGAGAGGGUGUGGUGUGUGGCCAGUCUGAGAGGGUCCAACAAUGUCGCUUUGGGCUAUGAUGAAGGGAGUAUCAUUGUUAAGCUUGGUCGGGAGGAACCUGCCAUGUCCAUGGAUGCCAAUGGAAAGAUAAUUUGGGCUAAGCAUUCAGAAAUCCAGCAGGCCAACCUAAAAGCAAUGGGAGAUGCUGAAAUUAAAGAUGGAGAAAGAUUGCCACUGGCAGUAAAGGAUAUGGGGAGCUGUGAAAUUUACCCUCAGACUAUUCAGCACAAUCCUAAUGGACGGUUUGUUGUGGUUUGUGGUGAUGGCGAGUAUAUCAUCUACACAGCAAUGGCAUUGAGAAACAAGAGCUUUGGAUCUGCCCAGGAGUUUGCAUGGGCCCAUGAUUCUUCAGAAUAUGCAAUACGAGAGAGCAACAGUGUUGUAAAGAUAUUUAAGAACUUUAAGGAAAAAAAAUCAUUUAAACCAGAUUUUGGAGCUGAAAGUAUCUAUGGAGGCUUCUUACUGGGUGUCAGAUCUGUAAAUGGCUUAGCUUUCUAUGACUGGGACAAUACAGAACUUAUACGCAGAAUUGAAAUUCAGCCCAAACAUAUUUUCUGGUCGGACUCUGGAGAGCUAGUCUGUAUUGCCACUGAGGAGUCAUUUUUCAUCCUUAAAUAUCUGUCAGAAAAAGUCUUGGCUGCGCAGGAAACACAUGAGGGAGUUACUGAAGAUGGCAUUGAAGAUGCAUUUGAGGUUCUUGGUGAGAUUCAGGAAAUUGUGAAAACAGGAUUGUGGGUAGGCGAUUGCUUCAUUUACACAAGUUCUGUGAACAGAUUAAAUUAUUAUGUUGGAGGAGAAAUUGUCACCAUUGCCCACUUGGACAGAACGAUGUAUCUCCUGGGCUAUAUUCCUAAAGACAACAGGCUUUAUCUGGGGGAUAAAGAACUGAACAUCGUUAGCUACUCCCUCCUGGUUUCAGUGCUGGAAUACCAGACGGCUGUCAUGCGGCGGGACUUCAGCAUGGCUGACAAGGUCCUUCCCACUAUUCCAAAAGAACAAAGGACCAGAGUUGCACACUUUUUAGAAAAGCAGGGCUUCAAGCAGCAAGCUCUUACAGUAUCCACAGAUCCUGAACAUCGCUUUGAACUUGCUCUUCAGCUUGGAGAACUCGAAACUGCAUACCUAUUAGCUGUGGAAGCAGAGUCGGAACAGAAGUGGAAACAACUUGCUGAGCUUGCCAUUAGUAAGUGUCAGUUUGCCCUAGCCCAGGAGUGCCUGCACCACGCACAGGAUUAUGGGGGUCUGUUGCUGUUGGCCACCGCUUCUGGAAAUGCUAGUAUGGUGAACAAGCUAGCAGAGGGUGCAGAGAGAGAUGGCAAGAAUAAUGUGGCAUUCAUGAGCUACUUCUUACAGGGCAAGCUUGAUGCUUGCCUGGAGCUCUUGAUUAGAACGGGACGACUGCCAGAAGCUGCCUUCCUGGCCCGGACUUACUUACCCAGUCAGGUUUCAAGGGUGGUGAAACUCUGGAGAGAGAGUCUCUCAAAAGUCAAUCAGAAAGCGGCGGAAUCCCUUGCUGAUCCAACAGAGUAUGAAAACCUUUUCCCUGGAUUAAAAGAAGCCUUUGUCGCGGAAGAAUGGGUGAAGGAAACACAUGCCAGCCUGUGGCCAGCUAAACAGUACCCACUGGUCACGCCUAAUGAAGAAAGAAAUGUUAUGGAAGAGGCAAAAGGCUUUCAGCCCUCAAGAUCUACAGCUCAGCAGGAACUUGAUGGAAAACCUGCUUCUCCUAAUCUUGUUAUCACAGCAUCCCACUCAGCCAACAAAGAAGAAAAGAGUUUACUUGAACUGGAAGUAGAUUUGGAUAAUUUGGAAUUAGACGAUAUUGACACAACAGAUAUCAACCUGGAUGAAGAGAUUUUGGAUGACUGAAUAAUGUUCUCCAUUACCCAACUGAAAGGGUGAUUAUUAUGGACAAGUAUUAAUCGUCACCCUGACCACAGUGCUGGGCCUCCAAAAAGAAACCCCUCAGAUUUUGAUAAACUCCGUCCUUGUUUUAGGAGUUUAUGUAAGUCAGUGUGUUAUUCCCUUGUUAACUAAAAUAGCCAUGGGCUUUUUUUUUUUAAACUGUCAUUAGACCAUAUAUCAUAAAAUCUUUUGAUUAAAGACACUUCAAAGUUUUCUUUCUAAAUAAUGAAAAUAAACAUCUAGUUUUACAGUGGUGGGCCAAAACUACACCUCACUGUACAGAUCAUCCCACAUUCUCUUUUCUUUGCGUCACUAAAUCAUCAACCACAUUUUUUCCUUAGCUGUACUGUAAUUCUUAUAGUAUAAUUCUCUUAACUUCAUUGCAUUAUUUCCCUCAGUCUUGUGUGCCUUGGGUGUCUUCUGUCUUGCCCUGAUUGGAAUCUGGGUCUGAAACCCCAGCUCCUCUGACCUCCUUGAGCUGGGCUCUAACACAGAAAGGCAUGGUACUUUUUUCCUAAUGAUACCCUUACCUGCUGUGAUUAGAGAGAUUGGUAUCCAGGCACUCAAACACACACUUUUCAGUUAUCCCCUUGUAGCCGGGAAAGUGAGUGGCAUAAGUUUUCUUUGUGUUUCUGCUAGAGGCACUAUUUGGAAUUUAAAACACAAAAAAGAAAUUUAUAGGAAACUCCAAAUCAGUACCUUUUACUUUUGACAAUUUAAACACUCAGAUCAAUCAACAUCAACAGAAAGCUAGUUGGUAUUUAGCAAAAUGAAAUUUAUUUGAAAAAUAUUUUCAGGAAGCUGCAGAAUGGCUAAUGGAUGCUUCUUGAUAAGCUUGCAGUGUUAAUUCUAUAUAUGCUCCCUUUUGUGCUUCUGUUUUUGCAAAAACCUGUUCAAAUUAAAAAAAAAAUGUUUUAAAGCAAUUGAACAUACACCAUUUAUAACAUUUUUAGUUUUUAGACAUCAUUACCAUUUCUGUAGUAGCAGGUACCAGAUUAAAGGCUUUCCAAGUUUCACAGUUUUUUUCUGAUUAUAAAGCAACAAGCAUACAACAGGGACAGAAAAACAGUAUCCCACACAACUCAAACAUAAAUACUAACUCUUACUAAACACCAGAAGUAUCCUAAUAUGGCUGCCAUCUUUCAGGAAAAAAAAUAAGAAAAAAAUUUAAUCAUUUAGCACCUCUUGCCAAAUCAAAAUGAGAGCUAUUAUGUUUAAGAGAAAUCUGGAAGAUCAGAAUCAGCAAACUUUUUUCAUUCUAAAUGUUAUUUUCCGAAAGCAUUCUGCUUUUUCUGGCUUAUCACAAAAUCAGUGUUACUGUUGUUGUUUCUCCUCCUCCUAGAGUACAGGUGGCAAACACAAGGCCCACAGGCCAAAUCCAGCCCUCCACCAUGUCUCUACCCAGCAGCACCGCUGAGCUCCUUGCCCCUAGUUAAGGAGUACUUACAUUUAUACAGUCCUAAAAUCACAUUCCACAACUUAGAAGGCAACUGCGAGGCUGAUGUGGCCCCCUGUGAAAAUGAGUUUGACGCCCCUGUCCUAGAGUGUUCAUCACUGGUCAUUUUAUUCCUAAUAAACUUUGUAACUGCUUUGCAAAUGCACAAGAUAAUACUGGGAUAGAAGCCAGACACACAAAACCAUGUCUAUUCUGAAUAUUAGAAGAGAUGGAAAUUAUACAAUGAUCUCCCCUUCCCUUCCUGAAAAAAAUACCAGCAUUUAUAGAGGAGUUUGUAUAAACUCAUGGUUUGAGGGGUCUAUAGCUCAAAACAAUAAUUCAACUAAGGCUUGGUAAUAUAUAAGCCCCACUGAACAAGAAUGUGACCACACUGAAGGACCAGAAGCUGCACUGGAAUCUGUGCUACUGUGUCCUCCACCACACUCUGCCGCUGACUGUCAGAUGACGGUACUCCAGAGAACACGGGGGCAGCUUCCCCACGAGCUGAACUUCUCAGACACCCACCUGCAGCUUCUCCCCCGCCACCCAGUUUCUUCUAGUGUCCAGGCUGAAGAUAUUUGGGGCUCUAACCACUGUAUCAAGACCACAAAUCUAUUGAGUUCCCAUUAAACAUAACCUACUUCAGAAUUCUUCCUAAAUUAAUUAUCACACAAGAGCCAAUGUAGAAAAAGUCACUUUACCUUAAUUAAAUGUAAUCCCUCAGCAGCCUGCUCCUUGGCCUCUUGAGCGGACUGGCCAUCUGGAUGGAGGAUGUGAUACAGCUGCACCAAGCUGGUGGCAUCAUCAGCUCUAGAAUGAAAGGGUUUAUUGUUUGUUUUCUCCAUUUGCUAAGUCCUACAAAACGGUGUGCCAACUCAAAGCUAAAUUACAUUUCAAGCUUCCUUGGGCCAGAGAAAAAAAAUUUUUAAUCCUUCAGUUUUAUAUUUUUAAAAGCAUUUUCAGGGAUAUUUAGGCUUCAUACCAACUCUGCAUUAGGUAGGGCAGGAGUCUCAACAGGCAGUGCCCAAUUCAUGAAGUGAAUAUAUUCUAAAAAUGGCUAAAUUAUUUUUGGAAGCAGCAUUUCUCAUGGAAACAUUCUUAAUGGCAGAUGAUUCCUAGGCCAGCCCACUUCACGAGCAGGUAAUGUCCUCCAACUCAGGGCAGGAAUACACCUUCAUCCCACGUGAGCCAGAGGCUGGUGGUCACAGGCACACGAAGGCACUGCCUUUACAUGUUAGCAGUGUCGUCUCCUACUA